AUGGUUGAUAACCUGGGAGCUAGUGCCUCAAGUGAGGAAGGGGGCAUCAAAGAACAAGACCGGUUGUUGCCAAUCGCCAACGUUGGCCGAAUCAUGAAGCAAAUUUUGCCACCAAACGCCAAAAUCUCAAAGGAAGCUAAGGAAACAAUGCAAGAAUGUGUUUCAGAGUUCAUUGGCUUCGUGACUAGUGAAGCAUCUGAGAAGUGCCGGAAGGAGAGAAGGAAAACCGUGAAUGGAGAUGAUAUUUGCUGGGCUUUAGGAACGCUAGGCUUUGAUGACUAUGCAGGACCUCUGAAGAGGUACUUGGAUAGGUAUAGAGAGCUUGAAGGUGAUAGAUCAGGUAAUCAAGAUAAAGUUAGCAACAGUGCUGAAGAAAUGGAAGAGCCAUCUUCAUAUAGGAGCAAUAUCGUUCAACCAAGAAACCAAGCCGAACCCUCAUAUAGGAGGAAUUAA